AUGGGUGAACGAUCUAAUUUCUUACCUUCUACUGACCAUCUUUCGGCACUUGCUAAAGGGCGUAUUCCAGAAAAUACUAUUAAAAAUACCGAAAGAUGGAUUAAAAUUAUGAAUCAAUGGCGGUUAGACGUUAACUAUAAUGAACCACUUGAAAGUCUCAAUAAAGAAAUAAUCGAACUUCAAGUGUCCCAAUUUCUAUGUGGUGUAACACCCAAAAAAGGUGGAUCCUAUUCAAGAACUUCUUUAAAAAAUGCGUUAUCAGCAAUUAGCCGUCACCUUCAAGAUGUAAAACCCGGUUGGAAAUAUAAUUUGCAUAAUAAGAAUGAUUUUCCUGAUUUAUAUGCACAAUUCGAUGGUUUACUUAAAGAUAUGAAGAAAAAGGGGCUUGGAGAAUCAAAAUCUACUGACAGCUUAACUACCGAAGAAAUUCGGCAUAUAUUAAAUCAUGAAGUUCUGGAUCCAAAUACUCCUUUAGGAUUAUUAAAACGAGUUUUUUUCUGGAUCUCUAUUCUUGGUGCAGCCAGAGGCGGGGAACAUGUUAACUUGCAUUUACAACAAAUUGUAGAUAUGCCAAAUGGUAUUAUUUUUAGAAAGAAUCAACAAAAAAAUGACCAGGGAGGAAUAGACAGAAACCAGUAUGAUUUAAUUAUACCUUUCCGGCCAAAUUCGGAUUUAAGAAAGUAUCUUUCUUUCCGUCCUGAAAAUUCCAAAUGUUCAAAUUAUUAUCUUGCUACUUGUCGAAGUCCAAACGCUAUUGUUAAAGGAAAAUGGUAUUUGGAUAAACUAUUGGCCGAUCGUACAAUUCGUUCAUUAUUCAAAAUGAUUUGCGUUGAAUGUGGAAUAAAUAUAGAAUCAAGAAAUAUUAAUAAUCAUUCAGGCAGAAGAACAAGUAUUAUUGAAUUAUUCAGUAUCGGAGUAUCUGAAAAUACUGGUCGUGCAAUUAGUGGACACAAAUCUUCUGGUGGUUAUUAUGCUUAUGCAAAACCUACUGACAACCAUAAAAGAGAAGCAUUAGCGAGCAUUCUUAACAAGAUAAUUACUACGUCAUCUACUGAAACAUCUCAAGAAUUAAUUAAAGAUUCCAAUUCUGAAGCUGACAACUAUGAAGACUUACAAGAUGAUACAUCUGAAAGUGAUAACUAUGUAAGCGAUGAAGAUUUAAAUGCAUCUGCACAGGAACCAAAUGAGCAUAAACUUUAUGGAGAUUUUCAUACUGCGAAAGAACUUUUAAAAAAUAAUUCCAAGUCUCAUAAACGUACACUUAAUAUUACCA